AUGGACCGUUCCGUGGCCCAGAUGCUCCACGAAGUUCAAGCAGCCCCGUUCGCAGCCGAGGAGUGGUUUCCGGUUCCCGCCCCGCACGCCGGGCUGCAGGACCAGGACAGAGCGGCCCGUCCGGGCUUCGUGUCCUCGCCCACGUGUGUCCUCGGGACGGACCCCCCAAAGCGGAAAUGCCAAGUGCUCCUGAGAGAGGUCCGGCUCCUGUCGGCCCAGCGCGGCCUCUCCCCGCCGGCCUCCUGGGUGGAGACUUGCUCCUGUCCCCAGGGAUACGCGGGCCAGUUCUGUGAAGCCUGUGCUCCGGGUUACAAGAGGGAGACACCCCGGGGGGGUCCCUAUGCCAACUGUGUCCCCUGCACCUGCAACCAGCACGGCACCUGUGACCCUAACACAGGGAUCUGCCAGUGCGGCCACCACACCGAGGGCCCGUCCUGUGAGCGCUGCUUGCCAGGUUUCUAUGGCAACCCCUUUGCAGGCCGAGCCGACGACUGCCAGCCUUGCCCGUGCCCUGGACAGUCGUCCUGCACGACCAUCCCAGAGAGCAGGGAGGUGGUGUGUACCCACUGUCCCCCGGGCCAGAAGGGACGGCGCUGUGAGACCUGUGACGAUGGCUUCUUUGGGGACCCGCUGGGGCUCUCUGGGGACCCCCAGCCCUGUCGGCGGUGCCAGUGCAGCGGGAACGUGGACCCCAACGCCGUGGGCAACUGCGACCCCCUGUCUGGCCACUGCCUGCGUUGCCUGUUCAACACGACAGGUGCUCGCUGCGAGCGCUGUCAGGACGGCUUCUACGGCAGCGCGCUGGCCCCGCGGCCCGCGGACAAGUGUGUGUCCUGCAGCUGCAACCCCGGGGGCUCGGUCAGUGCGCGGAGACCCUGCGACCCGGUGAGCGGCCAGUGCGCCUGCCUGCCUCAUGUCACCGGACGGGACUGCGGCCGCUGCAGCCCAGGCUUCUACGACCUCCAGCCCGGGAGGGGCUGCCGGAGCUGUACGUGCCACCCGCUGGGCUCCCAGGAGAACCAGUGCCACCCCGAGACUGGGCAGUGCCCCUGCCGCCCGGGCGUCGAGGGCCAGGCCUGUGACAGAUGCCAGCUGGGUUUCUUCGGCUUCUCCAUCAAGGGCUGCCGGGCCUGCAGGUGCUCCCCGCUGGGCUCCGCCUCGCCCCAAUGCCACGAGAACAGCACGUGCGUGUGCAGGCCCGGCUUCGUGGGCUACAAGUGUGACCGCUGCCAGGACAACUUCUUCCUCACGGCCGACAGGGCGCGGUGCCAGGAGUGCCCGUCCUGCUACACCCUGGUGAAGGCGGAGGCUGCCAAGCUGAAGGCCAGGCUGACCCUGAUGGAGGGGUGGCUGCAGGGGUCUGACUGUGGAAGGCCCUGGGAACCAAUGGACUUUCUGCAGGGAGAGGCCCCUCGGGGGGACAGCUACCAGGGCCACCACCUACUGCAAGGGUUCCGGGACGCCUUCCUGGUGCAGGUGACAGGCCUCGAGGGUGCCGUGAAGGCUGCCCGGGAGCAGCUGCAGGCGCUGAGCAGGGGGGCCCGCUGUGCCCAGGCCGGAGCCGACAAGACCUGCAUCCAGCUGGCAGACCUGGGAGUGGCGCUGGCGUCCUCGGAGGAGGAGAUCCUGCACGCAGCCACCGUCCUCGCAUCUCUGGUGGUUCCUCAGGAGGUCCCCGGCCAGCCCACCAACUGGAGCCACCUGGCCACAGAGGCCCGGGCCCUCGCCAGGAGCCACAAGGACACUGCUGCCAAGAUCACGGCCACUGCUCAGAGGGCUCUGCGUGUCUCCAACGCCAGCUACACGCUUCUCUGGAGGCUGGUGGAGGGCAGCGUGGCUCUGGAGGCCGAGCGGGAGCUGGAGGACAGGUACCAGGAGGUCCAGGUGGCCCAGAAGGCUCUGGGCACAGCUGUGGCAGAGGCGCUGCCCGAAGCGGAGAGGGUGCUGGCCGCCGUGCAGCAAGUUGGCGCAGACGCAGCCCCGCACCUGACCUCGCCGGCCGCCCCUGCAGCACUGCCUCAGAAUUCCCGGACCCGGGACCUGAGCCGGAAGGUGCAGGCCCUGGAGAAGAUGGUCACAUCCAGGGAGCGCGUGAUCACUGAGGCUGCCCGGGCCCUCCAGGCCGCCGCCCGCACCGCGCUGCACAAGGCGGAGCCCCUCACACAGCUGCAGCAGGAGGCCAGAGCCGCCCGGACCCGGGCUUCCUCAUCCGUCCAGGCUGCCACAGUGACCGUCAUGGGAGCGAGGACCCUGCUGGCUGACCUGGAAGGAAUGCAGCUGCAGUUCCCUGGGCCCAAGGACCAGGCUGUGCUGAGGCGGGAGGCAGGCAUCGUCCGCGGCAGGCUCCUUGCGGAUGCGAAAAAGACCAAGCAGGCGCAGAGGAUGCUGGGAAACGCGGCAUCUGUGUCCUCCAGUGCUGAGAAAAAGGGCAAGGAAGCCGAGCUGUUGGCCAAGAACAGCGCCAAGCUCGCCAAGGCCUUGCUGAAGGAGGGGGAGAAGGCGCGCGGCCGUGCCAGGCGGCUCUCCAGCCAGGCGCGGGCCACGCUCCGGCAGGCCUCCCAGCAGGUGCUGGCCUCGGGAGCACGGAGACAGGAGCUGGAGGAGACUGAGCAGGUGGGUGCUGGGCUGAGCACGAUGGAGCGGCAGAUCCGGGAAUCACGCGCCUCCCUGGAGAAGGACGUCAAGGCCUUGUCACAGCUGCUUGCCAGGCUGGAGUCACUGGACACCCAUCGAGCCCCAGCCCGGGCCCUGAACGAGACCCAGCGGGCCCUGGAGCGCCUGAGGCUGCGGCUGGGCCCGCCCGGGCCCCUGCAGGGGAAACUGAGGCUGUUGGAGCAGGAGUCUGAGCAGCAGGAGCUGCAGAUCCAGAGCUUCGAGAGCGACCUUGCCGAGGUCCGAGCUGACAAGCAGAACUUGGAGGCCAUUCUACAGAGUCUGCCCGAGAGCUGCGCCAGCUGGCAGUGAGGCUCCGGGCCAGGCGCACCACACCCGCAGGUGUGCCCAGCGCCUGCUGCUGCGACCUCCCCAGUGGACACCCUCCGAGGCCAUGCCGUGGCCCUGCUCCAGCAGGAGUCAUGUGCAUUCACGGUUCCCCCGGCGUGUAUACUCAGGUUCACCACGGUGUACACUCCCCCAUGCACACAUAAACACGCACACCUCAGUGUCAAUAACACAGACAUACAUGCACGUGGACAUGUGUGGACACAUGCCUGUGUGUGUGGUGCACACAUGUGCGCAAGUCCAUCUGUGCACGUACACAUAUUAGAGUCAAUCCACAGCUGCUUAUUGAGCGCCACUGUGUGCUGCACACCCUCUGGAUGCUGGGAGUUGUGUUAUGUUAAGGCCACUGUGGCGUUAACAGGCCACUCUCGCUCCAGGUGGGCACCUGGGAGGCCGAGGGGCGUCUGCAGAGAUCUAAGGUGGGUUCAGCAAGAGCCAGAGCCCCAAUCCCAGAGUUACCCUCUGUCCUACUGCAGCCCUCCACCCCCACCACCCCUACACACACACACACACACACACACACACACACACACACGCAGCUCUGUACAACCAAGGGACAGGCAGGCCAAGAAACACAGGAUCCUAGGGGGUUCUAGCAGUGGAGCCUGAGGCCCGGGACUCCUGGGGCCACGGUGCAGCCUGCUGGGCCUGUGGGGGUGGCCCCGCCCUGCGGGGAUCAUUGCUUCAUGGGACACUCCGUUCUCAGGAUCCACGAGCCCCUCUCAGCCUGUGGCCUGUCCACAGAGCUGGGCCUCAGGGGCCAGAGGGGGCCUGGAUCAGGGGGCUCAGCUCAGGUAGCAGGGAGCUCCCGUUGUGACCUCACUGACCCCAGAUGGCCUUUGACCCGAUCGACACUUCCCAAACCAGCCCUGUGGCUCUGGCCCCGCCUGCCAGGAGGGAGGCCCUGCUGGGUGUGGAGGCCUGGCUGCCUUUCCAGUCUGUCCUGCUGGGAAUCCCCCUGUGGCCAGGCCCUGCCCGCCUCUGCCCAGGAUUCCCUGGCAUUUCCUCCUGGCACUCCUCCCCUUGCCCCGGGCCCUCUUCCAACAGAUGGCAGGGCCUUGGCACCGGGUGCCCGCAGGGGGCCCAGGCCCCUCCCACAGCUCUUCCUGCCUCCAGCAGGGGGACAGGCAGCGGCACUUCAAUUCUGUUUAACGUGGAAAUA